AUGUCGGCACCUCGAGCAGCAAGGCAGCUUGCCAAUGGACUGUUCCGACGAACCAACCCUAGAACACGCUUCCUUCCCACCCAACGCAGCAUACAUAGCACAAGCAAACCGGCCUCGCAAGCAGCCGCUGGCCAACCCAUUGUCGAGGCAGAGAGGCCCUCGGAGAUACCAGUCGUGAAUCCACCGCUCAGCUUCCCCUGUCUGGAUGCCUUGGACAAGAAGACUCAGACCUUGACCAACAAGCGAUCCUUGUCCGGACCCGAACCAUCGUACGCACCAGGUGCAACCGAGACAUUCCACUGCCCCUCGCCUCUCCUGCUGGACUGGGGCGGUGUCUUGCCGUCCUUCGAUAUCGCAUACGAGACAUGGGGCAAGCUCAAUGCCGACAAGAGCAAUGCCAUCUUGCUACACACGGGCCUGAGUGCUAGCAGUCACGCGAAGAGCACUCCGGCAAACUCCAAGCCUGGCUGGUGGGAAAAGUUCAUUGGACCCGGCGCCCCUGUUGAUACCGACAAGUACUUUGUCAUCUGCACCAAUGUGCUAGGAGGGUGCUAUGGUAGUACUGGUCCAAGUUCCAAGGACCCCUUGGCCAACGACCAGCCAUACGCUACCCGCUUCCCCAUCCUCACCAUGCAGGACAUGGUGCGCGCACAGUUCCGUCUUCUUGACUGGAUGGGCAUUGAGAAGCUGUAUGCUUCGGUUGGCUCCAGUAUGGGUGGCAUGCAGAGUCUGGCUGCCUCAGUCCUGCACCCCGAACGUGUAGGCAAGUUGGUCAGCAUCUCGGGCUGUGCUAGGAGUCACCCUUACAGCGUAGCCAUGCGCCACACCCAACGUCAAGGUUCGUCUCUCUGUUUCCCUUUCUUCUCAUACCACCAUUGCUGA